AUGGUUUUGUCUCCAUUAGUAACUUUACUCUUUUUGGCUAGCAUCGUUUCCAGUACUGCUCCUCCGGCGCACUUCUCUAGCAGCGAGAUCCUGGGCAAAGCGAUAGAAGCUUUAGGUGGAGCAGAUGCCUUGAGAGCGAUUAACGGGAUUUCCUAUCAUUCAUAUCUUUACCGUACUCAGUCUCUGGAAGAGAGCAAAACUCCAGGCAUUCCUGACACGGGCGUUGCUUCUUCAGGCUCUGAGACGAUCUCCUACGACUUUUCAGGAAAUUCCUCAGAAGUGGUACAGAGAAUAGACAAAACAUACACCCUAGGGAACUUUUGGAAUUUUGCCCGACCCAAUCUCGAUCCAGUUGAUGUUUCGAUCGUUGUACAUGGCGGUAGUGCAGGGUACGGAUGUUACGUGAAGGGAAACGAGCACAUUUUCAAUGAUCCCAGCAGCGCCUUUGGGUACACUGAUGGUAAGUACAUUGCUGUGACAGAUAUAUCUCUCAACAUAACUGUCAUUUUCGAUCCAGAAAGCUUUCUGCCUUACUUGGUUCGGUCGUACGAAGACCAUUUGAUUUUUGGCCCCUCCACGAACGACUAUGUCUUAACAAAUUACACCGAAAUCGGAGGAAUCAAGUUCCCCCGCCUCGUACAAAUCAUGUACAAUGAAAACAGUCUUCUUUUACACUCUUUAAGAGAUACUAUCACGAUCAAUCCCACUUUCGACGUCGGCUUCUUUGAUGGCAUUCCGCUCUCGCAAAUUGGAAGUACGUUUUCUCUGUCGCCUCCCUCUGCGCCAGUGCUAUCAACAGAGUAUGGCGCGGCGGAAGUAUUCGAGAAUAACGGGAACCUGGUUUGGUAUGGGCCUUACCCAGGAUCUCUCGCAAAUUUAACCGUUACGCGACCUGUUCCCGAACUUCCAAAUCUAUAUCACUUGGACUUUGAAGGAAGUAUUUACACGUGUACUGUAGGAGUAUUUGAUGACUUUGUCAUGGUCACCGAUGCAGCUCCACAUCAGAGUAAGCUGGUCAUCAAGUGGGUGCAGGAGCAACUGCACAGAAAAGUUACACAUUUAUUAGUGACCCACCACCAUCAUGACCACAAUUACGGUGCCGUAGAUUUCGUUGCAGCAGGCGCAACGCUUGUUGUCCCAGAGGAUUACACCUACUACUGGCAGGCAAUUCCAGGAGUGAAGUUUGAAACCGUUGCAGAGGGCAAACCAUUCAAGCACAAAGACUCCGGGAUGCAAGUUCGUGCGAUCUGGCACAAUAAAUUUGUCCACGCCGACGAUUGGAUGUAUUUUGUUUGGACAACAGCAUGCCCAGGAGCAGACUCGCCAAUGGUAGCUACUAUUGCGGACGCCUGGUCUCCUGGCUUUAUUGGCUAUGAGUUUGAUCAUCUCUUGGCUUCGCAGUAUCUAGACCUUGCCAGGGAAGACCACAUGCCACAUGAUUACCUGGUUGUACCAAUCCACGGAACUCCUCACAAUGUGACGGAUUUGUAUGAGUUGCUUGGAUAUGCGUAUCCGAAAUACGUGACAACGGACUUCCUACCAGGAGGGCACUUGUGUUAA